CUUCGCUCAGCUGUUUGCCUGUUACGUAUCGUGCACCAUAACAAAGAACAUUUUUGCGUUUUAUUCACAAUUUCCCUUUAAAUACUUAAUCCUGCUCAUAUUUAUUUAUUGCGCAUAUAGACGCGGUUUUCCGGUUUACAUCGCCGUUAUCAUUUGUGCUUUUAUUGGUGUGAUUUGUGAGAUUUUAUUUAAAGCUACGUGUUAGCCUAGCAGGGGGCUAAGCUAAGAGCAGCGCCGCUAUGUCACGCUGAGCAGGAAUAAAAGUGACCUUGGUGGGAUCUACUUUUGUCCGCGGAGUUUCGGGGCCGUGCGCGGGGGGACAUGGCGUCUGCUCGGUUGUUUUGCACGCUGGCCCCGCGCUGGUGCAGGGCCGCGGCGGUGGGGAGGGGGGGGACGGGCUGCAGGCGGCACGUGAGCGGGUCCGCGCGGAGGCUGCAGGGCUGGAUGUCCGCCUGGGUCAUCGACGAGUACGGGACCAACGCGGUGCUCCGGUGCGCCGAGGACGUGCCGGCCCCCGCGGUGUCCUCCCCCACCGACGUGCUGAUCCGAGUGUGCGCCACCAGCCUCAACCCGCUCGACCUGUCCAUGAGAGGAGGUUACGGGGCCACACUGCUGAAGCUGAGGAGAGACCCCUUGUCCCUGGGGGGCGGUAGUGAGUUCCCUCUGGUGCUGGGGCGCGACGUGUCUGGUGUGGUGGUGGACUGUGGAGCCGAGGUCACGCACUUCGGACCUGGAGAUGAGGUGUGGGCGGCCGUGCCUCCGUGGAAACAGGGCAGUCUGGCGGAGUUCGUCUCUCUGUCUGAAUAUGAGGUUUCCCACAAGCCCCAGUCCCUGAGCCACACCGAGGCGGCGUCCAUCCCGUACGUGGCCAACACGGCUCUGUCUGCUCUGGUCAACGCUGGAGGUCUGUGCGAAGAGACGUCACACAACAAGAGAGUUCUGAUCACCGGGGCAUCUGGAGGAGUGGGCACAUUCUCUAUACAGCUGUUGAAGGCGUGGGGCGCGCACGUGACCGUCACCUGCUCUCACAACGCCGAGGGGCUGGUGCGGGGGCUGGGGGCGGACGAGGUGGUGGACUACACGGCGGAGGACGCAGAGCAGAAGCUGGAGGCCAUGGACAGGUUUGAUGUGAUCCUGGACAACGUGGGCGGAGAGACGGAGCAGUGGGCCCUGUCUCUGCUCAAGUCCUGGUCCGGGUCCAAGUACGUGACUCUGGUUACGCCGCUCCUGACCGACACUGACCACAUGGGGGCGCUGUCCGGGGGGAUCCAGGCCGGGUGCAGCCUCAACAGCAAGGCCCUGCAGAGUCUGCUGUCCAGUGGAGUGUUCUACCGCUGGGGCUUCUACGCUCCCGAUGGCCCAGCUCUGGACGAUGUCAGGGCCCUGGUGGAUUCUGGGAAGAUUCUGCCGGUGGUGGAGGCGCACUUCCCCUUCUCUCAGGUCCCUCAGGCCUUUCUGAAGCUGGAGCAGGGCCACGCCAGGGGCAAGACCGUGGUGAGAGUGACCGAGGACGACGACGGCUCCCAGGCGGACGCGCUGGACCAGAGCGGCCCCUUGACCUCCGACAACACGGAAAAUCCGGAAAACAAGGUGUACAGCCAGCAGUGACGCUUCCACACACAAACACACACACACAAACACACACACAGAUCAGGGAGGAGCAAUAUUUAUUUUGUUAUUGGCCUUAAAACUUGCCCUUGAGUACCUCUGCUUUGCUUUGAUUUUGUGUUUUACAGCUUAAAAUAAUGGCUUUACAAGGAAACAGGCAUUAUUUUAUAACUUGGGCACACCCCGUACUCUAAUCUGGCGUAUGACUCCAUCUACUGGCAGCAGAGGGAAUUACAACAAGGCUAAAAAAAAAAAAAGAGCAAACAGUUGUAAUAAACUCGCUGUCGUGUUAUCAGGUCAUGAGUUACGGACGGAACAGGGUUUCUACCUUUGACGCAACAAUCCUGGGAAAAUUCCAAUCCUGUAUUUUCUUCAGUUCACAUUUUUUUCCAGAUAAAUUUAAGGAAAAACAACUCCAUGUGUGUUUUGAUGAGGGAACAAUCAUCUAAAAUAGCUUAGAAAAGUCAGUUUGGCAUAAUCGUGUUUUAUUUUACAGGGUUUCAAAAUACGUGCGUUUGUUUAGAAGUUUAGAAAAGAGAUACUGCAUGCAUCUUGGCGUUUAUGUUGCUUCAAUUCAGAAAUAUUUUUGUUGAAUUGAGGCACAUUUGUAGCUUUAUUUGUGUUAUUAUGUUAAUGUUUUAGUUUGGGAUUUGAAGAAAACUGAAAACCUCUGAAAAAGCCAAAAAUUUGAGGUUGUACAAAUAAACCAAAACCAUUUUAGUUUGAUUUCUGGCUCUCUGUUACAUGGUGCUAUGUGGAAUUUCUGAAAGUCUAACAUAAAAACAAAAGGAUAACAGAUUCAGGUGAAAUACCACGUUUUGAGUCCAGUCUGAACUUUGCUGUAAAACCAUAAAACCAUCAAAAAUGUCUCCUCUUCACAUUUGUUUAUGGUUUCUUGAGUUUGCUUAUUUUACUUAUUUAAAGUGAUUUUUCUUUCUUCGUUGUGUUGUCAAAUAUUUUAAAACAACAUUGUUCAAAACCCUGCCAAAUACCAUUGUGAGUAUAAAACAAAUGCACUGUAAAACAUUUGUUAUUGGGUUUUACCAAUAAACAUGGAGCUUAUUCUAC